UGUGUGUGUCGUCCCUCACUCGAGUUACUGCAACUCCACUUACUGCUAAUGUGUGAGUGCAGUUCGUAGGAGACAGAUGCGCCUCUGCGGUCAGCUGACACCUGCUCGGAUCCUCCUCGAGGUGAUGUGAGUGCUGGGUGAACUGUCAGAAAUCAGUCCGACAGAGCGUCGUUGUUGUGUGGUUGGCUUUCAGCCGAGCGACGCAGCCGUUUCUCGCUGUUUUCACCGCGGGACGAGCCUGUGAAAGACGCGCCAUCAUGUCAGGUUCCUCUGACACGCUUCAGUUUCAUUUCUCCACCCACGGCGACUCAAUCCUCAAGAAAAUGAAUGGCCUGAGGGAGGAUUACCGCUUCUGUGACGUCACUCUCCUCCUCGGGGGUCCGCGGGGUUCCACCUAUCGGCCUCUGCACUUCCACGGCCACAAAGUGGUGCUCGCGGCGUCCUCGGACUUCCUGCGAGACCAGUUCCUGCUGCACGAUGGCCAAGCGGAGCUGGACGUGGGUGUGGUUCCCAGUGUGGAGGUCGGCGAGAGACUGCUCAUGUCCUGCUACACCGGGCUCCUGGAGGUUCCUCUGAGAGAGCUGGUGAGCUACCUGACUGCAGCCAGUGCCCUUCAGAUGAGCCAGGUGGUGGAGAAAUGUGCCCAGGCCGUGUCCCAGUACCUCAGUCCCACUCUGGCCUUACUGAAGGUGGAGAGACAAUCAGAGGAAGAGCACGUCCACCAGGCGGAGAGGAGCUGGCCAGGCCCCAACUUAAGGAAUCAGGAGGAAAGGGUCAUGGUCCAGGCCAGCGCCGGCAUCCAGGACCCUGAGGAACAGGGAGUGGUCGUGAUUCAGUCCAAACCAAGCGUCAGGCAGGACACCAAAUUGGAAGGCAAAGGACUGAGGGAGGUCAGAGAGGACGGGAGGGUGGUGAGAGCCAAGAUGGAGUCGGCAGAGGAUGCAGCGUGCUGCUUCAACAUCACAGAGUCGGAGGAAAGUGGAGGCAUCCAGCCCGUCCACACGAACAAGCUGUCCUAUCAGGUUCACCGCAUCCGGGGAGCGCUGAGAUGCAAGCUGUGCCCGCCUGCAGCCAGAGACCAGUUUAAAGGGACGGCCAUUCAGCACGAGGACGUGGCGGACGCCUCCCGGGGCCAAGAGGACGACACGGCAGAGGGGCACAGAGACGAGGAGGAAAUGUUCACGCUGGCGUCUCAGCUGCAAGAAUGUGGCGAGAUAAUGGACUCCAGCCUGUUCUGUCACUCCAGAGCGCAUCUGCCAAAGAGCCAUUGUCCUGGAGAGGAGCUGGCAGACGACGCAGAGGGAAUACUGGCCCAGAGGCCGUACCUGUGCAGGAAGUGUGACAGAGUCUUCCAGCACCUGGAGAGCUACAUGGGGCAUUUGAAGGAGCACAGGCAGUAUCUGUGUCUGGUCUGCGGGAAGGGCUUUUCCCAGAAGAGCAACCUGACCUGCCACGUGGGCGUCCACACCGGCGGCAAGCCCUUCAGGUGCCCGCUGUGCCACAAGACGUUCUCCCAGAAGGCCACGCUGCAGGAUCACUUCAGCCUGCACACGGGGGAGAAGCCGCACAAGUGCGGCCACUGCGCGGUGCUCUUCACGCACAAGCCGGGCCUCCGGCGCCACCUGAUGGAAAUACACGGGAAGGGCAGCCACCAAAACGUGCUGGAGGAGUCUGUGCACUGAAGGACGCUGGUGUCCGAAAAGGAUGUUAGAUAGGGUGCCAGGAAAGCUACAGUGCGGGACAGAUUACAGAGGAUGGCGCAUGCUGCUACACCAAGGUUUUCCUCUCAGGCCUCAGUGUGGGUUAAUGCAGUCGCAUCGUCACUUUUGGCUAAUGGAAAGUAGAAAGGGUCCCUCUGUGCUCCCUGCAGUCCCUCCUCUGGGUGCUCUCUGCUAAAUUAAGGCCUUGCCUGUGCAGCCUGCAAAUUACAUUAUAGUCCAUCACCGGCCAAGUGAAUAUAUUAAUAAACACUACAUCCCACAGCAUGUUCAUACAGUACACAGACAAACAGCGAGUGUGUUACAGUAAGACUGGGAUUCACAGGCAGACGCUGCUUCUCUAUUUGACCCCGCCGAAUUUUGCAGCUCACUGAGCAUCAGGUUCUAAGUGACUGGGUUCCCUGCAAGGCUGGGAGGAUUUCCGGGCUCUCCCGUUCGUCUUCUUUCAUCCUCUUGGCCCAGAAAUGCCAUUGUCACUCGUCACAACGACUGCAGAAGUACACAUCGACCUCCCCAGGGCGUCCGAGACGCCCCACGCUGAGGAAGUGGUCUGUGAGCUGACAAGCAGCGACUGCAUGGCAUAAAUUCAGUGUGAUCAAGGAACGCAGACUUUAUCGUAUUGUAAUGAAAGAACACCUCUCUAAGUAAAGCUAAUGAUAAUAAGCUGA